ACAAAAGCUUCAGAUAUAUAUAGUUUUGGUAUGAUUAUGUGGGAAUUAAUGACAGGUAGAAGACCUUUCUGGGAUCAUGAUCAUGACACAGAACUUAUUAUCGAAAUAUGUGAUGGAGUUCGUCCUCCAAUUGUUACAAAUGCACCUGAAGGUUAUGUUGAAUUGAUGAAAGAAUGUUGGCACUCUGAUCCAAAUAAAAGACCAACAGCCAAUGAUCUCUCUAAGAUUUUUAACGAAGAUGGCGGUAAAUUAUGUUUUCGGAAACAUCUUGGAAUCGAAAUUAUAAAGUCACCAGAUAUUGGACCUAUAACAAAUAAUCCAAAUGCCAUCUAUAAAAGCAGAUCAUUAAGUGCAAUGAUAAAAUCUGCAGAAUCAACCAGGAGUUUAAAGAUUCAAAGAUAUAAACCUUUUAAGAGGAUAAAAGAAAACGUGAUGAUAAUUUGAUUGAAGACACUGGAAAUAGUGGUAAAAUCAUUAAAAAAAUUAAAUUAAACAAAAACGAUGAUUAUUUGUCAAAAGAACUUGAAUUUGACAUUGAUAAUAAUAUUGAUAUUAGCAAAUUUAAUAAAUUUAACGACAGUGAUUAUACUACCAAAGAAUCGGUUUUGACAUUUAGUUAUUGAUGAUGU